AUUAAAUAAAAAAAAAUAAAAAAAUAUUCAUUAGGACUAAAAAGGCUUCCGCAUAAAUCUGAAGGAAAAGGAAGAGAAAAGACGCACACCGAAGACUCGACUCCCAAUCAUCUCCUUCCUUCCUUCUUCGUCUCUGAAACUAAUUUUGAUUCAGCAGCCAUGGCUAAUGCAGCGUCAGGCAUGGCAGUCCAUGAUGACUGCAAGCUCAAGUUUCUGGAGCUCAAGGCCAAGCGGACUUACCGUUUCAUCGUUUACAAGAUCGAGGAGCAGCAGAAACAAGUGGUCGUCGAGAAACUCGGCGAGCCUGGUCAAUCCCACGACGACUUUGCUGCUAGUCUCCCUGCCGAUGAAUGCCGUUACGCUGUUUUCGAUUUCGAUUUCGUCACUGCUGAGAGCUGCCAGAAGAGCAAGAUCUUCUUCGUCGCAUGGUCUCCGGACACAGCAAGAGUGAGAAGCAAGAUGAUCUACGCGAGCUCUAAGGAUAGGUUUAAGCGCGAGCUUGAUGGAAUUCAAGUUGAGCUUCAAGCUACCGAUCCAACCGAGAUGGAUCUCGAUGUUUUCAAAAGCCGAGCCAACUGAGGAGGAGUUAACAUCCCUCCAGGAAAAAAAUAUAUUUGGUUGAAUCCAAUUACUAUUACUGAAUGAUAUGCUUGUUCUUUAAGUUUGCUGUGAAGGCAACCACCAACCAAAACAACUUCAUUUCAUUGGGUCUUUGUCUUCUUCCUAUUGUCUUUUAUAUUUUUUUUUGGUCCUUGCAGUGUUUUGCUUAAAACUUUAAGAGAUUUGGCUUGUGCUC